AAGUAGUCGUUGCUUGUGCGCCGUAUUUUUUUCUUCCGACUUUCGUGUCAGCACGUUUGGCGACAAGAAGACGUGUAAUAAAUAAUACGUUUAAGACUUAAUAUUUCAUCUUUGCCACGACUGUAGGCGAACAUUUCUUAAUCCGGAUAAUGCAAUAACGAAUUAGUUUUGCUUUGUACACUGCAAAUAAGCGGUGUGCUUUAAAAUUCGACAGCAAAAAUAAAAAAAUACAGAUUUUUUUUUUAAUAUAUGUAGAUACACAGGUGAUGGCGUCAAACGAUAAUAAAUCCUGCACAGAGUUCGAUACUUUGACUCCACGUGGAUUUAAAAAGGAGAAAUUACUUUCUGCUUCACUCAGAAAAUAUCAAAGUUUCUGCAGGAGAAAGACAUUCAGCGCGUUUGUGGCGUCUAAAAGGUCGAGCAGUCCGGGUGAAGAGAGUUCACCAUUGUCUUGGAGCUGCUGUGGCCAAACCUUCCGGGAACAUUCUGCCAUAAACAGACACGUGGCCAGGACUCAUGAUGCUGAGAUUCAGCAGCUCACGCAGCCCACGUACGAGCGCUGGUUACACCGUCUGGAGGAACAGCCCCAGUCAGCUGAGCCAGUGGACAUUUCUGCAUGGAUCCCCGACACCAGCCACAUCUCUGAGGAGCAGCUGCUAAAGGGUCCAGGAAAGGUUCUGCUGUAUUACUGCUACUGUCAGGUGGAAGACCCACACGUCAUCUGUACAUGGCAGAAAACAUUGUGUGAAAAGCUCCAUUUAACUGGAAAGGUGAGGGUGGCGACAGAAGGUGUCAACGGAACAGUUGGUGGAACCAACGUGGCCACUGAACUUUAUAUCGACGCCAUGUGUUCACAUCCUCUCUUCAAGAUGGACAAAGCAGACUUUAAGACGAGUGAUGGUGGUGCCGAGUGUUUUCCAGAUCUGAGGGUCAGUGUCUACAAAGAAAUCGUCCCCAUGGGAGUCGAUCCGGAUGUGAUCUCAUACCAAAUGGCAGGGAUUCACUUGGAGCCUGAAGAGUUUCAUAAAGAAGUGGAGGCUCUUCUGGCCAAAGGCGAUUUGUGUGACGACACCAUUCUGCUGGACUGCCGCAACUUCUAUGAGAGUAAAAUUGGUCAUUUUCGUCAGUGUUUGGCCCCAAACAUCCGUAAGUUCAGCUACUUCCCAGACUACGUCGACCAGAACUUGGAGCUCUUCAGGGACAAGAAGGUGCUGAUGUACUGCACAGGAGGGAUCCGCUGUGAACGUGGCUCCGCCUAUCUCCACUCCAAAGAUGUGUGCAAAGACGUUUAUCAGCUGAAGGGUGGAAUUCAUAAAUACCUGGAGCGUUUCCCAGAGGGUUUCUAUCGCGGGAAACUAUUUGUAUUUGAUGAGCGCUACGCAAUCUCCUCCAACAACGACGUCAUUUCAGACUGCAGGUACUGCGGCAGUCCCUGGGACCAGUACCAGCUCUGUUCCACACAGUUCUGCUGCCAGCUGGUUCUGUCGUGUCCUGUGUGCAGAAGGAACGGACACACCUCCUGUUGCUCCACCUGCCAAAGGAAAGAACAGCUGCAGAGCGACACGUCCUCCAUCACUGCGCAACGCAAAGAGGAGUGCGAAUGUACUGACGGACGACCCAGAAUCCCGCAGGAUGUGUAGUGGCGGAAAUUCUGGUGACACAUCAUGAAAUUAAUUACUGCAUGUUGUAGGAUUUUACUCUGAACACACAAGUCAUCUCUUAAAGCCUGGCUCAGAAUCAGAGGAACAUGUCCACUGUUUUAAAAGUAAUUAUUUGAUAAGGUGUGAAAUUAAGACAUUUUAAAGAUUUUUACUAUACAGGAGUCAACUGUUGUUUCUUCAUAAUUUAUUAAAAUUUUAAAAGAAGUUGGGGGGGGGGGGUGUGUGUGUCAUAUUUUCUUAGAAUCCAGAUCUUUGGAUAUUAAAUUUUGUUUUUAUUUUGUUGUGGUGUUUGUUUGUUUGUUUUAUGGAUUGAGGACAACAAAGCCAUGUAUAUUUCAUGAGUAAUACCUUUUUGAAAAGUAUAUUAUUCAGUUUAUUUCUUCAUUGAUUUUCUGAAAGGAAAAAAAAUAUCCCAUGUUGUUGGAGUAUGAAUGCGUGAACAUCAAAUGUAGAUUAUUUUUUAACAUGAAGACAAUAAAACCAUGCAUAUUUAAUGAUUAAUGCA